AUGGAGGGGAAUUUAAAGGAAGAUAACACUUAUCAUUGGAGCCGGAUGCUUGAAGUUUUUAGUUUGUUUAGUGAGAUGGGUUGCAGUGAUGAGCAGUUGGGCAAGCUACUUCGCCACAACCCAGAUAUUGUAUUUCAAAGUUCGGGGGAAACGACAGUUUCACUGGUUGGGUUAUUACAGAAGUUUGGAUUUACAAAGAGAGAGUUAUGUUCAAUGUUUCUACAAUUUCCACAUAUUCCGGUAGCAAAAUUUGUUGCGAAUUUGAGACAAUGCAUUUUGUUUCUGGAUGAGAUUGACAUGAAUGCUGCAGAGAUUGGGAAGAUUGUGCAUACUCACACCCUGCUACUGGGUUUGUGCUCUUUGAAAAAAACUAAAAGCUUACUUGACACUUUGAAUGUUGGGAAGAAACGAUUGUCUCGGUACAUCCAGGAGAACCCAGAAGAAUUAAAAAAAAACUGGGUUUGGGGUAGAAAAGUUGAGUCAUUUCCAGAUUCGGGAGAUGAAGUUAGAUCAAAGGCUCAAAGGACCAAGUUCUUAUUAGACAUAGGAUUUGUAGAAAACUCCAACAAAAUGAAAGCAGCCCUUAAGGCAUGUCGAGGCAACGGAGUGGAGCUUCAGGAAAGAUUUGAUUGUAUUGUAAAAGCUGGUUUGGAUUGGAAGGAUGUCUGUGAACUGGUUCGAUCAACCCCUCGAAUUCUUAACCAGACAACGGAUGUGAUUGAAAUGAAGAUCAACUGUCUUGUAAAUGAAUUGGGCUAUCUCAUAUGGUCCUUGUUGACCGUCAGAAGAUUUCUUUCCUAUAAAAUGGAAAGGGUCAAGCUUAGGGUUCGCAUGUUCAAUUGGCUCAAAGAUCAUGGAAUAGCUGAUCCUGGGCUUUCGUUGAGCACUCUUAUUUCUUGCUCAGAGAGUUAUUUUAUAAAGACUUGUGUACAUCGUCAUCCUGCCGGUCCUCAAGUUUGGCGUGAUCUGAAGAAUGAAAUUGAAUCCGAUUGGUAA